CAAACGAAAAGAAAAUGUCUUGAUUGGCUCACCCGGCCUCCCAUAUUCCGCCAUGGGAGCACCUGAGAACCACCAACUAAAUCCAUUCAGACUUUAACGACCCUUUUAUAAGCUCAACUAACUACCAAAUGGGUUCUCUUCUGCCUUUCCAAGACCUCAAUCUCUGCCUAGAACCACCGCAAACCGCCACCAUCCCAACCCCCUCCGCCGUGAGCUCCUCCACCACCACCACCACAACCACCUUCAAUUUCUUAACUCCUAAGAUUGAGCCUAAACAAGAACCUUUCGACGAACCAACACCAACCCAGAUUAUUCACCAACAAGAAAACUUCCUCUUUCCCGUUUCCAAUUCUACCCCUGAUUUCAUUCCUGAUCCCGAAACUACCCCUCCGUCCAACGUCUCCUUCUCUUCCGAUGACCAAAACGCCCUUUACUCCGAAUACUUCCGUAUCUCCGAGCUCUUCCGCUCUGCUUUCGCCGAAAGGUUGCAAAAAUACGGCGACGUUGAGGUGCUUGACCCGGAUUCUCGGGCCAUCGUAUGCGUACCCGAACAAUCUCAACUAACCCCCGAAACCAGCCCAACCGACAGCUCCGACCCCGAACGAGCUUUAUCCGUCGUCGUUUCACGUAAGAAGGCCUGGAGAUCCAAUGAGCUGGUUCGGGUUACAAAUUUAGGAUUUGAAGAUCAGAGGCAUUUCCGGGAACUCUUCCGAAGAACCCGAAUGAUAUACGAUGCCCUCCGCAUCUUAGUCUUUUCGGAGGAAGAGAAGAGAACAGGACGGGGACACGGUCGACGGGCUCGCGGCGAUUUGAGGGCGGCUGCGGUCAUGAGGGAUCGGGAACUGUGGUUAAAUCGAGAUAAAAGAAUAGUGGGUGCACUCCCGGGUAUUGAAAUUGGUGACGUAUUCUUCUUCAGAAUGGAGCUUUGUGUGGUGGGUUUACAUGGACAAGUUCAAGCUGGGAUUGAUACCUUGCCUGCGAGCCAAAGCACGAGUGGAGAGCCAAUCGCCACCAGCAUUAUUAUUUCCGGCGGGUACGAGGAUGAUGAAGAUUCCGGCGACUCAAUAAUCUAUACCGGUCAAGGUGGACAAGAUAAGUUGGGGAGGCAAUGUAUGCAUCAGAAGCUUGAAGCAGGGAAUUUGGCACUAGAAAGGAGUAUGCAUUAUGGGAUUGAGGUAAGAGUGAUUAGAGGGCUCAAAUAUGAGAAUAAAGUUUCAGCUAAAGUCUAUGUUUAUGAUGGUUUAUAUAAGAUUCUUGAUUGCUGGUUUGAUGUGGGGAAGUCGGGUUUUGGGGUUUAUAAAUUUAGGCUGUCGAGAAUUGAGGGACAACCUGAGAUGGGUAGCUCGAUAAUGAGGUUUGCCGAGAAUCUUAGGACUAGGCCUUUGUCUGCUAGGCCAACGGGGUAUUUGACUCUUGACAUUUCCAUGAAAAAAGAGCGAGUUCCGGUUUUCCUUUAUAACGAUAUCGAUAGAGAUCAUGAUCCUAUGUAUUACGAUUAUCUUGUGAACACUGUGUUUCCUCUCAAUACAUUUGGUCAAGGGAGUAAUGGUACUGGAUGUGAGUGUGUUUCGGGGUGCACGGAAGGGUGUUUCUGUGCUAUGAAGAAUGGAGGUGAUUUUGCCUAUGAUCACAGUGGGAUUCUCUUGAGAGGCAAACCGGUGAUAUUUGAAUGUGGGAAUUUCUGUCGGUGCCCACCAACUUGUCAGAACCGUGUUGCACAGCAUGGGUUGAGAAAUAGGUUGGAAAUAUUUAGGUCAAGGGAAACGGGCUGGGGAGUGAGGUCCUUAGACUUGAUAGAGGCAGGUGCUUUUAUAUGUGAAUACACAGGGGUUGUUCUAACAAGGGACCAAGCUGAAGUUUUCAAGAUGAAUGGUGAUACUUUGAUUUACCCCAAUCGCUUUUCUGAACGAUGGGCAGAAUGGGGGGACUUGUCCAGGAUAUUUCCAGAAUAUGUGUGUGCAUCUUAUCCCUCAGUUCCGCCUUUGGAUUUUGCAAUGGAUGUCUCAAGGAUGAGGAAUGUUGCUUGUUAUAUUAGCCAUAGUUCCAGUCCAAACGUGCUGGUGCAGUGUGUGUUGUACGAUCACAACAACUUGAUGUUCCCUCACCUUAUGCUUUUUGCAAUGGAGAAUAUCCCUCCUUUGAGAGAGCUUAGCAUAGACUAUGGUGUAGCUGAUGAAUGGACUGGGAAGCUUUCUAUCUGUAACUAAAUAUCUAAGAGGAUUUCUGGAUUUUGAUGUGGUGUAGCGGGGCAGUGAGACAUGAUAUGCUGAGGUGGGGAUCAUACUAUGCAUCUAAAACUUUUUGUUGUAGCCGUGUUAUCAUUAUAGUAAGUUCAUUAUGUCUAUUAGCAGUUAACUCAAGUGAAUUUUUGCAGGUGCCAAUCAGAUCGAACAAUGCAUCCAAAACAGCUUUCUUUGAACAUUUUGUACCUCACCACUUUCUCUGAACGUUGUUUUAUGCCUCCCUGGAAUCAUGGUUUUACCUAUUUUCUUUGCGUUAGGUCCAUCCCUGUCUAUCGUUAUAACGUAGGGAAACCUCUGGUUUCUACUGCAAUAUGCCGCUGACAUCACUCUAUGAUCUUUUUCGACAAAAGUCACCGUAUGCUUUUGUAAGAAUGUACUAUGAACCCUAAACUUAAAUCUUCCUCUUUUACUUAUGUGUAUACAAGUGAAGGUUGAGAAAGGACGUGUUUGUACAGUAAUGUAUUUGAAGUUGAAAUCUCCAGUGUUUCGUUCGUUUGAAUCUUCUCAAUAUGGAUGAAUUCAAAGAGAACUACUUCUGUUUUCUACUUUACAUUAGGGUGUAAUCGAAUUGUCUGUUCUAACGUGAUCAUUUAUCUGUUACUAUU